CUCUCUGUCUAGCUUUCUCUUACAAUAUUCUUUCAGUUUUUUCUGUCUUCUUCUCCAUUUCCUUAACCCAAUCAUUAGCUACUACCUUCGCACUGAUCAAGCUAACAAAAAAAAACACUGCAGAAGUUAUAAUUUAAAGAGUGAUCAUGGAUACAAACGAAUCAUGCGUUCCACCUGGAUUUCGAUUUCAUCCAACAGAUGAAGAACUUGUUGGAUACUAUCUUAGAAAGAAAAUUGCAUCACAAAAGAUUGAUCUUGAUGUUAUUAGAGAUAUUGAUCUCUACAGAAUUGAACCAUGGGAUCUUCAAGAUAAAUGCCGGAUCGGAUAUGAAGAGCAGAAUGAGUGGUAUUUCUUCAGCCACAAGGAUAAGAAGUAUCCAACAGGGACCAGAACUAAUAGGGCAACAAUGGCUGGAUUUUGGAAGGCAACAGGAAGAGACAAAGCUGUAUACAAUAAAUCAAAACUUAUAGGCAUGAGAAAAACACUUGUCUUCUAUAAGGGUAGGGCACCUAAUGGACAGAAAUCUGAUUGGAUCAUGCAUGAAUAUCGUCUCGAAUCUGAAGAGAAUGGUCCUCCACAGGAAGAAGGAUGGGUGGUUUGUAGAGCAUUUAAGAAAAAAAUUACAGGACAAACAAAGACUAAUAAUAUGGUUGAAGGAUGGGAAUCAAAUUAUUUCUAUGAUGAAGCAACUACUACAGUAAGCUCAAUAGUGGAUCCUCUUGAAUACAUCACAAGACAACCUCCUCUUCUUUCAAAUAAUUUCAACAUGCUACAAAAUAAUCUACUAUGCAAACAAGAAACAUCAAUGGAAGCAGCCGAAAACAAUCUCAACUUUUCUUAUACAAAUUCAGAUCAAUUCAUACAGCUUCCACAGCUCGAAAGCCCUUCACUACCACUCCUAAAAAGGCCAAUUAGCUCCAUGUCUCUCGUCUCCGAUUACAACAACAAUAAUAAUCAUGAAGAAGAUGGAAGCAAAAAUGUAACGGCUGAUUGGAGAGCACUUGACAAAUUUGUUGCGUCUCAAUUGAGUCAUGAAGAGACAACGUUAUACGAAGAUGAUCAGCACAAUUGUUCCGAUUUGGGAAUGUUGCUUUUGCUGAGUGAUAGAGGAGAAGGGCCUAAGCUGAAUGAGAUCUUGAGUUCGAGCUCUGAGGAUUGUGAUAUUGGCGUUUGUUUAUUUGAUAAAUGAAGAAGAAAAAUGAUCCAUUUGAAACUAUUAUACAUAUAUAUAUUAUUAUAUAUAUUAUGUAAGUAAAAGUUAUUAUUUGUGAAAUUAUUAAUGAGUGAAGAGAAUCAUCCAUUGUACGUAUUGGAGUUGAUUAUAUAUAGAAUUGCUAGGAGUUAAGAACUAGUACAACUAAUAAAAAACUUUAUACGUGCAUGUGAUAUUUAUGAAU